CUAGGCUCCAUUUCUCGACACCAGACAAGAGAGAGAUAGCGAUAGAUCCACGAUGCUGUCUUCCAGGAUCGCCACGGCCGCGUCGGCCUCUCGGAGGUCUGUCUCUGCCAGCCUGAUGCAGAGGCGAUUCGCUUCGGGCGGAGGCGGAUACAACCAGCCGACUGGCCACCUCUUCGGCGAAAAGCCACCACCGCCGGGCACAAAGCGAGCAAAGGAGGACUGGGAAAACCUUUGGACGUACGGCAUGUUCGGAGGCAUGGCCUUUGGCGGCGUCCUUCUCUUCUACAAGCCCGACACCAGCAUCCAAACCUGGGCCAUGGCUGAGGCGAAGAAGCGACUGGAGGAGAGCGGCGAGGUCUGGCAGUACAAGCCAAGCCCCAACUCGGGUCACCCUAAUGGCGUCUAAGGCAGAUGGGAGAAGCAAAGAACGAAGAAUUUUAUCCAAUUCGGUAUUCAAGAGUGACAUUCCAAAGCAUACCACGCCCAAAGUCUGCUUUCUUUACGCUUGCAUGGCCACUGUCAAGAGGGUAAGGGGACUGGUCAGUCUGGAAAAAGUGCAGGAAGAAGCGAGGCAACCCACUUAAGCUUCCAACAAACGUGAGGAUCAGCCGCUGCCUCAGCUCGACGAUGUCCUCGGGAACCAAGAAGAUGA